CGGCCGGAGGGAGAUGGCGGUGGCACCGUCCGGCCGCCGCGCCGCCCUGCCCCGCGAUCCGCCCGCCUCCGGGCCUCAGGCGGCGGCUGCGGGCCCGGGAACGGCGGCUGCGAGCCCGGGAACGGCGGCUGCGGGCCCGGGAGCGGCGGCUGCGAGCCCGGGAACGGCGGCUGCGAGCCCGGGAACGGCGGCUGCGGGCCCGGGAGCGGCGGCUGCGAGCCCGGGAGCGGCGGCUGCGAGCCCGGGAGCGGCGGCUGCGGGCCCGGGAGCGGCGGCUGCGGGCUCGGGAACGGCGGCGCGGGGCGGCGGCUGCCGCAGGGCUGCCCCGGCGGGCGAUGCCGAAGCUGCGCGGAGAGGCGUUCUGGAGGGAGACGCUGCGGAGCGCCCACUACGUGGUGGCGCCCAUGGUGGACCAGAGCGAGCUGGCCUGGAGGCUGCUGAGCCGCCGCCACGGCGCCCAGCUCUGCUACACGCCGAUGCUGCACGCCCAGGUCUUCCUCAGGGACGCCAACUACCGCCGCGAGAACCUGUACGGCGAGGCCUGUCCCGAGGACCGCCCGCUCAUCGUGCAGAGGCAGUGGUGCUUAUUGAUAUCUACAAAAUUUGAAUUGUCUCAAGACCCAGAGGCACCACAGUUCUGUGCCAAUGACCCUGAAGUGUUUGUCCAGGCAGCGCUGUUGGCUCAGGAUUAUUGUGAUGCCAUAGACCUAAAUUUGGGUUGCCCCCAGAUGAUUGCAAAGAGAGGUCACUAUGGAGCAUUUCUGCAGGAGGAGUGGGAUCUUCUUCAGAGGAUGAUUUUACUGGCUAACGAGAAGCUCUCUGUUCCCAUCACAUGCAAAAUCCGCGUUUUCCCAGAAAUUGACAGGACAGUGAAGUACGCGCAGAUGCUGGAGAAAGCUGGCUGCCAGCUGCUGACGGUGCAUGGCCGCACUAAAGAACAGAAGGGACCGCUCGCUGGCGUGGCAUCUUGGGAGCACAUUCAAGCUGUCAGAAAAGCUGUAAGCAUUCCUGUAUUUGCAAAUGGAAACAUCCAGUGUCUCAGUGAUGUGGAAGAAUGUAUCCGUAAGACAGGCGUGCAUGGUGUCAUGAGCGCAGAAGGCAAUCUUCAUAACCCAGCUUUGUUUGAGGGCCGAAACCCAUUGGUGUGGGAGAUGGCUGAGGAGUAUCUGGAGAUAGUGCAGAAGCACCCUUGUCCCUUGUCCUAUGUUAGGGCUCAUCUCUUCAAGCUCUGGCAUCACACGCUUCAAGUUUACCAGCAACUGCGUGAAGAAUUAGCAAAAGUGAAGACUCUCGAGGGCAUUGUAGAUGUCAACAGGGAGCUGAAGCUACGGUGCCAGGAAGAAAUAGCUAAUCAGAAGGAAGGAGAAAAGCCAAAAGAAGGGUUGCCUUUUUUCCACUGGAUCUGCCAGCCAUACGUCAGGCCAGGGCCAAAGGAGAGAUGCAGGAAGAACGGAGCCAGUGGGACUGAGAAGGGUGCCCGAGGGAAACGUGCUCUGGAGGAGGAGGAAGAUGGAAAUUCGGAACUUCUGUCAAAGAAUAAGCAAAAAAAGAAGCUAAGAAAUCCAAAUAAGAGCUUUGAUCCAUCUUUAAAACCCAAAUAUGCAAAAUGUGAUCAGUGUGGGAACCCCAAGGGCAAUAAAUGUGUGUUUAACAUGUGCCGAGGCUGCUGUAAGAAACGAGCGUUCAAAGAGACAGCAGACUGUCCAGGUCACGGAUUACUUUUUAAGACCAAAUAUGAAAAAUCCCUUUCAUGGCAAAACAGUCAAAGGACAAUUGAAAGGGCAGCGACCGGUGCGGGGGGAGACGCGGCCGGGGCGGCCGCAGCCCCGCCGGACGCCGCUGACGCCGCGCUGUGACGCUCUGGAAACGAACCGGCCGGAGCUCGGCCCGGCCGCGGCUUCCCUGGGCCAAAGAACCCGCGUCAGCUGCCUCAACGCGUUCCACAGGUUUAUUUUUUCUGGAAAAGUUUUAUUUAAGUAAAGAGCUGCUUACUCAGGGAAUUAUCCUGCAUUUGAAAUAAAAAGGAUGCAAUUCUA